AUGACAAGUAGGGGGAGCAUCGGCACCAGCAGCAGCAGCGGCUCCAUCAACAACAACAAGAAGGGCUACAACAAGCUGUCGGCCGAGGAGGCGGACUACCACCACUGCGUCAACAACAACGACUCGAGCCACGCCAACAACAACAUCAACAACAACAACAACGGCGGCGGCGAGUGGGGCUGCAGCGGCAGUCACCACGGCGCCGGCCACCACGGCUCCGGCCACCACGGCGGCCACCGCGGCCACCGGCACCGCGCCGACCAGCAGGACCUGGACACGGACAGCGACUCGUCCUGCAGCGACUUCGACCUACAGGAGGAGGAGGACUUCAGCGACGACACGGACUUCGACGAGGCCCUGACAUGCAACGUGUGCGACCGCUCCUUCGUCACGCCCCGCCAGCUGGCCCACCACCAGCAGAAAAAGCGGCACUUCGGGUGCUCGGCGUGCGACAGCCUGUUCCCGUCCCUGAUAGCGCUCGAGCACCACAAGGAGGAGUUCGAGCACUGGUCCGGAGACGAGCUCAGCGUGGGCCGGGCCUCCUGCGACGAGGACGACGAGGACAGCCUGGAGACGGUCUGCAGCGAGGAGCUAGAGCGGCUGCUCUGAGGAACCUGCUACCUGCUACAACUCUGUGCAAAUCCAUCAUGCACCCGCAUGUGCCGAAAAUAUACAAAAGUUUUAUCGUUUUUGUACAUAACUAUAUAUAAUUGUAUAAAUAUAUUUAUUAGAUAGUAACCCCGUCGUACAUCUCGCAGUAGCAGUUCUAUCUCUGUCCGGCACCCCUUGCAAUUGCUCUCAGCCAAACCGUACUAUCAUUUCACCAUGAUUUCACUUAAUAAAUUAAAAAAAAAACAGUUUAACUAACAAGGAAAAUUAACUUAUCAAAGAACGAGAACGAGCUGUGUAUCAAGGAGGAAAGCAGCAUAGAGCACACACCAUUUUACACACUCCUAAAUCAACUCCUAAUAACUGGUAUGGGUAUACCGUGUGUCAGGUGCUCGGUCAUGUGCCAGAGUCAGGGCUACGACAAUCCUAGUUUGCCUACUCGCUCGAUCCGUAAGGAGCCAUGGUCACAACGGUAGGCAAACCCGCAAUACAACAGGGGAGUAGCUCUGGCACACAGGGUACAUGAAAAGGGUGAAGGGAUGAAUUAAGCUAAAGUAAUUGGGGGGUUGAACCACAAGCACCCUCGUCCCUUCCUCACAAUAACCAGUCGCACUUGAGUCAAGACACGACAACUUGGAGUGGUUCUAUUUCGGUGCACUUUUUUUUCGCGAAUUCGGAAGUGUCUUUUCCUAUUCGAAGGACUAUUUUUGUACUGCUAGUUUUUUUACUUAGAUUUACCAAAUGUCCUCUUCCAAGUAAUGGCUAUGUCGUUGGUGUCAGCAACAUGUGUCCACGCGCCGACUGGUGGUGUGCGCCCACGCACCUCUCCGCCGCCGUAACGGUCAGCGCCUCCUUGGUAGGCCUCAUGUUUUACAUCAUCAGUCGGUAGACGGGAGGGGGAGGCGUCCUUUGCCGUGAUCGUACUUCCUUUCGUGUGAUCUAUCCUAAUUUUCCUAGUAAAUUUUAUCAAAGUAUUCCUAUUAUCAGCCGGUAUCUUAUAAAUAACAAAUUACAUAAUUGAUUAAUUUCAAAAGUGAUGGUCCCCCUUACUUUAAUCCAGGGCACCCCAACAGAUGUCCUGUCCUAGUUGUGAUGUAUUUUAUUAUCACAAGCGUGAUACGAUGGCUUGCACCUCUCAAGCUACCUAGUCCCCCAUUAAGUACAACCACUAAUGUUCAAUGGAAAAUGUCUGUAAAUGAAUGGGUCCGCAAAUGUUCAAACAAUAUCUUCUGACUUCAGAAAUAAAAAAAAACUAGCCAACUCCUCAAUAAAUAACAAAACACAAUAAAGAAUACCAAAAUAAUUUAAUGCACACAGAUUGAACAGAGAAAGGACAAAAGAUGAAUUAUCCAACCAGGUAUUUGGAUGUAGCAUAUUUUACUGUAGUAAAGUGUUGGGACCAAGCCCAUCUAGUUUGGAUCUCUGUUCCUGUGAGAAGUGAGUGUGAGUAAAAUGGAUAAAUGGAAAUGAACGAGUGUGCACGCAUGAGUGCUUAGAAGUAUAAUAUCUUAAAUAAUCAUGCACAUAUUAUGUACUGUUGAAAUUAUUAGAGUUUUUGUCAUAUAAUGUUAAUAGUAAUCCCUGAAAUCAUUUAAAUUUGCAUUUGAUACUUUGAUUAGAAGUAACAUCAUAAAUAUCAUAAUACAAUGUGUGGUUUUUGUUGUCAUUUUGGGACCUGCAGACAGAGGUAACUUCUUAUGAUUCCGAUCAGGAAUGAAUGAACAUAUCGGACCAUGAGCCUUUGCAUUGUGGUUUGCAAUACAUUAUUGUAUAAAGUGUCAUAUCAUUGCUUUUCAUUCCAAAAUACUUUUUUAUUUUCUUGUAAAAUGCAAGUUUUCAUUACUUUAAUUAAGACUAUUCCAAAGCAGCGGAGGAUUUAUUUUCAUAUACCUUAAGAGCUGAGGUAAGAAUAAAAUAUGGUUUUAUUGUUUCCAAACAACCUUCAGCUAAAGGUUUUAAAAUGGUUGUCUAUGUCUUAAAACAUUUCUGCUAGAGAGAGCGAUGGAGAGAGCGAUCAAACAAGAGGUGUAUAUGAAUGUAAUGCAUGGAUUUAUGGAUUUAUGUGUAUGUUUCAUUUCAUCUAGGUCUAGAUAUACAAAAUGCCUUGUACCUAAUGUAUUUUCCCAUUAAAAACUUCAAAUUAACAAAAAGGAAAGUUAAUAAUGAUGAUAAUAAUAACAAUAAAGCAUAGAAAUGAU